CAGCAGAGCAUAUAUACUCGUACAAGCAAGCAAGCAAAGUCAAGUAUAAUGGCGAGCGAUAGCAGGAGAUCGCCGAUGGAAGGGCAAGUUCCGGGGUACGGCAAGACGGUGGAGAGGGAGAAGAAGAUGGAGCACGGGCGGGCGCAGGCCCGGCUAAGCGACGACGACAUGCUCAGGACGGGCUACGUCGGCGAGACGCCGCUCGAAGGCGGCAAGAUCGCCGACUCCGAACCCGUCGACCUCUUCAACGUCCAGCCUCAGCAGCAGCAGCAGGCAAUCCGAGGGGAAGAAGAAGAUGAAGGGGAUGAGAAGGAGCCGUCGGCGCCGAGAGGAGUGCAGCCGGCCAAGCAGGGGAUGCACGGCGGCCGUCAGCUAGGCCGCCAGUAGCUUUUUAUGUGUCUGUCCACCGCCGUUGUAUGGUACCACUAGCUAGCUAGUACUACUCGUGCUGUAAUAAAGACCACAGGCCGCCGCCGACUACACGGCCGGCCGGCCGGACAGCCUACGUCCUGCCUGAACUGAGCUCCAUGUCGAUCUCAGCUGAACCAUCGUCAAACUAUUCAGACUGUGGAUCUGGUUCCCAAGUUUUACAUGUUCCCGUUUUUGUCAAAUUUUUACUUGUUCA